CAUUUAAGAAUCACGUCAAUGUUCUGUGCUCAACAGAGCUGAAGGAAAGAGCAUGUGAAGGGUGUCAUGAGGCAAAAGACAACCCAUCCAUCACAUGAACAAGGCUGUGCAGCUAUCAGAUCAGACUAAAUCUGGCCAACCACGACAGGGAUUUUGCUCGACAUGAUCGGAUCUACGAGUGGAUUACACGUUUAUGGGGGAGGGAUGAUCGAAUUCUUAAUCUCCAUCGUCUGGAGUGUAAUUUACGGCAGCAAUGGAUGGGAGAGAGCCAUCUUUGUUGUGGAGGUGCUGAGCACAUCAUUCGCUGCAUGGCCCGCAUGGAACAAAAAGAAAGAGAAGACGCUCUCGCUCACGUCCAACCACUCGAUAUUAUCAAGCGCUGCUUCAACCACCACUACUUACUUCCUCUUUGUAGAGCGAGGAGAAGGUCGGCAAGCAGUCACCAUCCCGUCACAGAUCCUUCUCCCUCCGCCGUCGGAGAACCAUGAAGCCUUCUUACGCCGUUAAGCCGCCGCUUCGGAGGCAGCAGAAUGGCCACGGCGUCGGCAAGGUGGUGCUGCUGUCCGCGGUUGUCCUCGUGCUGCUGGUCAAGAUCUUUCUUCUCCCCUACACGCGGCGGUACCCUCCCCUCGGCUUGCCGGAGAACUGCGAUCUGUCCAAGGGCGAAUGGGUUCGGGACCCCGACGCCCCCUACUACACCAACAAGACCUGCUUCACCAUCCAGGAGCACCAGAACUGCAUGAAGUACGGCCGGCCGGAUCUGGACUUCCUCAAGUGGCGGUGGCAACCGGAGGGCUGCGACCUCCCUCGCUUCGACGCCGCCUGGUUCCUCCACCUCGUCACGGGCAAGUCCAUGGCCUUCGUCGGCGACUCCUUGGCCAGGAACCAGAUGCAGUCACUGAUGUGCCUCUUGUCCGGCGUGGAGCGACCACAGGACAUGUCGGACAGUAAAGAUGACAACUUCAAGCGCAUGUUCUAUCCCACCUACCGCUUCACCAUCUCCAUCUUCUGGUCCCCGUUCCUGGUGAAGGCGCAGCUGGCGGACACAGACGGGCCGAACCACACUGGCCUCUGGAACCUCUACCUGGACGAGGUGGACGAGAAAUGGGCGUCGCAGCUCCACAAGUUCGACUACGUGAUCAUCUCCGACGGCAACUGGUUCACCCGGCCCUCCCUCUUCUACGAGCAGAAGAAGCUGGUCGGCUGCCACUACUGCCUGAUCGAGAACGUCACCGACCUGACGCUGCACUACUCGCACCGGAUGGCCUUCCGGACGGCCCUCCGCGCCAUCAACGGCCUCGCCAGCUUCAAGGGGAAGGUGUUGGUGCGGUCCAUAUCGCCGUCGCACUUCGAGAACGGGGAGUGGAACAAGGGCGGCAACUGCAAGCGGAAGCGGCCGUACCGGAGCAACGAGACGACGCUGGAGUCGCUGGACCGGGAGUUCUACGAGCAGCAGCUGGAGGAGUUCAGGCAGGCGGAGCGGGAGCCGGGGGUGAGGAUGCGGCUGCUGGACACGACGCAGGCCAUGCUGCUGAGGCCGGACGGCCACCCGAGCAGGUACGGCCACUCCAUCCAUGAGAGCGUCGCCAUGUACAACGACUGCGUGCACUGGUGCUUGCCCGGGCCCAUCGACAUGUGGAACCAGCUCUUGUUUCUGAUGCUGGGGGAGUGAAGCAUCAGGAAGACCAGUGUUUGUGUGGGCUUGGGGCUGAGAAGAAAUUUUUCCCCCGAGAUCCACGUUACAGGAUCAUCAAAUCAAUCUAAUAGAGUGGAUUAUAUCAUUCAUGGAGGGGAUGAAUAAUUGUAUGUGUAUGGAUUCUGUUGAACGAUCUGAUGAGUUCUUGAAGCUUUUCUUCCAUCCCUAUCA